AUUACAGCGCUUUUUGUUUGUUUACCGUUUUGCUUAUCACGGCCCUAUUUUGUGGCUGUUUAAACCCUAGGCCGAGCUGAAACUGGGCCUGUCCCGGUCACUCGCAAAAAGAACAAUGAGCAAUGAGCACUGGAUGCGGGACCUGGCGCCGGAGCUGCGGGAUCUGUCCAUCAUCAACCUGGCUAUUCCCGGCUCCCAUAAUUCCAUGACAUAUGGCAUUAGCGGCAAGUCGAAGAUUGCUCCGGAUGCGGAGCCAGCUAUUCGGCGAUGGCAUCGUUUCUUUCCGUGCAUAGUGCGACGUUGGUGCAAGACCCAGGCCUGCGGAGUACUGGAACAGCUUCAGGCGGGCGUGCGUUACUUUGACCUCAGAAUAGCCCAGGAGGAUGGAAAGUUCUACUAUUGCCACGGAGUGUUUGCCAUGGAAGUGUUUGAACCGCUGCUAGAGCUCAGGCAGUUUCUGGAAACCCACCCCGAGGAGGUGGUCAUCCUGGACCUGCAGCACUUUUACGCUCUAACUGUGGCUCAUCACCAGCAACUGCACAAGGAGCUGAUCCAGUUUUUCGGACAGCUUCUAUACUCCACUGUGGAUGGACCGCUCAAUGAUUGCUCCCUAAACCGAUGUCUCCAGCUGCGACGCCAGGUGGUGAUUAUCUAUCGUCGGUGUCCCAUUCCCCUGCCCCUGCGCUUUUGGCCCAGCUUUGCGUGGCCCACGCCCUGGCCAAAUAAAGCGAGCGUUAAGAAACUGCAAUCCUUCCUCGAGGAUUCUCUUCUAUCCCGGCAGCCACAUCAGGGAUAUGUCUCCCAGUGCCUUAUCACACCAACAGGACGCUAUAUAGCCUUUCGAUUCUUCCUUACCCUCAAAUCGACCGCCAAAAAAGUGGAUAAGAAGCUGGAACCCUGGAUAGUGGAGCAAGUGCCAGGACCGUUUGAGGUGAAGGAAACGCCCCGCGUAAAUGUUUUUCUUGCCGAUUUCGUAAACCUUAAGGACGGACAAUUCUGUAAUUUGGUGCUGGAGCUGAACAGCAAGAUACAGAUACAAAUGUCGAAGGAUAAGGAACUAGAAAAAUCCUCUUGAUGUUAUUGAAGGGCAAUAGAAACUACCUGGUUAUGAUAUUAGUUUGGCAGCUUUGUUAUAUUACUUUUAUAAAUAUUAUU